ACCCGAGGGCACCUGACGACCCGUACACAGGCCAAUGGUUCCCUCUGCACCAGACGAACCGAUUGCCCCCUAGACCUGGCUGGCAGGCUGCAUCGUACACCAAGAACCAUCGUCCUUCAGAAGCCGAGCGUAAAAAUAAACAGGAAACCCUACCGAGCCCUCAUCGAUUCUGGCAGUGCAGUCACACUUGUUCGGGCAAGCAUCCUGGCUCCACGGCCGGAAACAAAGGUCUUCAUCCCUAUAACUUGUGUGCACAGUGAAACAUGGCAAGUACCCUCGAGAAGGAUUAACCUGUUGACCCUGUCGUCCACCUGGCCCUUUGAAGUCGGUAACGUGAAGGACCUUCCCAUCCCGCUGCUAUUGGGACGAGACUGGCCCGGUUUUGACCGCCUGCUAGCUUCUGCCUCCCAGCCUGUCAGCCACAGAGGGAACCGCAGACAAUGGAGGCCAACCAGAAGGACCCAACACCAGCCAACGCUGCUGGCUUCCGACAGCAGAAGAGAUGACUUGAUGACAAUAAAAGAAGAGCGUCAAGAAGCGAAAGAAAUAGAAGAGAAAUAUCAAUAUAAGAGGCGUGAUUUCUUGGCUGUAGAAAAAUCCAUACCGACUGAAAGAAAUUCCGUUCAGAAGACCAAACCUCCCAGUUACUUAACUUGUCACGAAUGUGGAAAGUGUUUCACAAUAAAAGGAAACCUUAAUGAACACAUGAAAACUCACAUUAGAGAGACGCCAUUCCCGUGUCUAUACUGUGGGAAGACUUUCAAACUAAAAGGAAGCCUGGAUGAACACGUGACCAUUCACACUAGAGGAACUCUGUUGUUCACUUGUGAUUGGUGUAGAAAGAGUUUCAGAUCUCAAGGCACUUUAAACACCCACAUGAGAGUUCACUCCGGAGAGAAACCCUUCACCUGCCAGCACUGUGGAAGGAGUUUCACACUGAAAGCAAACCUUAAACAACACCUGAAGAUUCACUCCGGAGAGAAGACAUUCAUCUGCCUGCACUGUGGGAAGAGUUUCCUCACAAGAAGAACCCUGAAUCAACACACAAGCAUUCACUCUGGGAAACCAUUCACUUGUGAUCAGUGUGGAAGGAGUUACAAAUACGAAGAGAGCCUGAAGUCCCACAUGAGGGUUCACACCGGAGAGAAGUCCUUCGUUCGUGAUCAGUCUGGACACGGAGAGGGUGGUUUUCAUCAGUGUGAUCGGUGUGGAGAGAGCUUCAGCUGUAAAGUAAGCCUCUACACUCAUGUGAGACUUCAUACUACAGAGAAGGCUUUCACCUGCCAGCUGUGUGGAGAUAGCUUCUUACAAAACGGAAAUCUGAAGUCCCACAUGAGGAUUCACACCGGAGAGAAACGAUCGGUGUGGAAAGAGUUUCAGACGUGACCCUUGAUUCACACGGGAAGAGGAAAUGGAUCAUAAAUAGACUUUGAACAGAUUAAAUGUUGUUAAUACCAAGCAAAUGUAAAGAAAUGACGUGACUGGGGAUGUUUGUUUUAAUGGCACCAGAAAAUAUGUGAAAAUAGGUGAAAUUCACACUGAAGUGGCUCAAAGCUGAUUGUCUACUUUCAUAACUUUUGCAUUCUUUGUUUUUUCUAUGUAUUGGCUUUUUAUUUUGUCUUUGCAUGUUUUUGCAUUCAUGCCAAUGUGAUUUAGAGGAUUUACAAAGAAAAAGUGAUGGCGCAAUUGAAUAAAAUCUACCCAUUGCCCUUUUCAACAUAAAACCAACAGAGCCUAGCUCCUGUCAAAUUAUUAGAAUUAGUUUUUAACCAUGUGUACUGCUUGACUCUGGGAAACUCCCUCCACACAUCCACUAAACUAUGUUUAUUGAUUCAUUUCUUUAAACUCUCAGCAGAAGGAUGGUGAGGUUCAUCAUGAUUCCUGUCCCAAUAUGAAUUAACAGUACAAUUAAAAUCUCCACCGAGGACAACAUUUUCCUGAGGACACUAUAAUAAGGCAUCAGAAAGUAUUUUAUCAAAGAAGAGCCAAUCUUGACCAUCAUUUGUUGCAAACACAUUAAUAAAAGAAAAAUAAGCAUCACCAACAGCAAUAUCAGCGCUCAAAAUCCAGCCAGGUGUUAUUUGUAUACUAACAAAUGGAGAAAAAAAGAAUGGCAACUCCUGCACUUAAGGUUUGUACCGUGACUUAAUAAAUCACCACCUUUAUAUUCA